CAACUGGUGGACGCAGACGGCGGAUGGCGCCCGGCCCCUCGGGGCUCCUGUCCCCUGAUGCUAACCAAGAGUGGAGGAAGGAGGCGAGGCUGAGCAUGGACCAAGGAGAGGCUUCACCUCCUGCACCUGCAGAAAAUGAAGUGAAAUAUGACACCAACAACAAUGAAGAGGAGGAGGGAGAAUUGUUUGACUUUGACAGUGGAGAUGAAGUUCCGGAAGCAGAUCGGCAAGCCCCGUCUGCCCUCGGGACAAGCGGCGCUGAUGGGCAAGCCCAGUCUGCCCACGGGCUGAGCUGCACUGAGGCUAGAGAUACAGGAAACGGAACUGGAGCUGAACCUGCCCCGGAGGCUGAGCCUGCGAAACUUGUGGUCCCAACAAGAGUGAACCCGUACUCUGUCAUUGACAUCACACCAUUCCAGGAGGACCAGCCACCGUCUCCAGAUGCAAACACAGAGGAAGAAGGGGUGGGCCUGCGUGUGCCCAGUGGCUACUCGGUGCCUGUGCCCUGUGGCUAUGCUGUGCCGUCUAACUUGCCCCUGCUGCUGCCUGCCUACUCCAGUCCUGUCAUCAUCAGAGCAGAGUCUGUGGAAGAGGAAGAAGCAACAGAAGUUACUGGAAAUGGGCAGUGCAAUUCCCUAAGCUCGGAGGACCUUCCGCAAAGUGGCGAUCAAGGCAGUCAAGAAGGCAGUGCCCUGGCCCGGUGGGCAGCCGACCCUGCCAACACAGCAUGGAUGGAAAAUCCAGAGGAAGCAAUUUACGAUGAUGUUCCAAGGGAGAACUCGGACUCUGAGCCAGAUGAAAUGAUUUAUGAUGAUGUGGAGAACGGAGACGAAGGUGGCAACAGCUCGCUGGAGUACGGGUGGAGUUCCAGUGAGUUUGAAAGCUACGAGGAGCAAAGUGACUCGGAGUGCAAGAAUGGAAUUCCCAGGUCCUUCCUGCGCAGCAGCCAUAAAAAGCAACUCUCUCAUGACCUAACCCGCUUUAAGGCGCACUGUGAGGAAAAGAUGAGAGGCUUGGUGGCCAGUACGGUGGGAAGCGUGGAGGCGCAGCAGGCAAAGCACAGCAGGCAGGAGCGGAAGAUGCAAAAGCUCAUGAAGGCAGCCAAGGAGGGCACCAAAGAUGGGCUGGAGAAGACCAAAGCUGCUGUGAAAAGAGGCCGCUCCUUCAUCAGGACCAAGUCUUUUGUCUCUCAAGAUCACAGGUAUUGCUUUGAAGAAGAGCAGAAUUUGUUCAUUGAUGUUGACUGCAAGCACCCGGAGGCUGUCCUGACCCCAAUGCCCGAGGGCUUAUCUCAGCAGCAGGUUGUGAGAAGAUACAUUCUGGGUUCCAUUGUUGAAAGUGAGAAGAACUAUGUAGAUGCUCUCCGGAGGAUUUUGGAGCAAUAUGAGAAGCCGCUGUCAGAGAUGGAGCCCCGGCUCCUGAGUGACAGGAAGCUCAAGAUGGUGUUCUACCGAGUCAAAGAAAUCCUGCAGUGCCACUCCAUGUUCCAGAUCGCUCUGGCCAGCCGUGUGUCUGAGUGGGACGCCGUGGAAACAAUCGGCGAUGUUUUCGUGGCCUCGUUCUCCAAGUCCAUGGUGCUGGAUGCUUACAGCGAGUACGUGAACAACUUCAGCACAGCCGUGGCGGUCCUCAAGAAGACAUGUGCCACAAAGCCUGCCUUCCUUGAGUUCUUAAAGCUGAGCCAGGAUUCCAGUCCCGACCGGGUCACCCUCCACAGCCUUAUGAUGCGGCCCAUCCAGAGGUUCCCGCAGUUCAUCCUCCUACUGCAGGACAUGCUGAAGAACACAGCUAAAGGACAUCCUGACAGGCUGCCCCUUCAGAUGGCACUGACGGAGCUCGAGACCCUGGCGGAGAAGCUAAACGAGAGGAAGAGAGAUGCCGACCAGCGCUGUGAAGUCAAGCAAAUAGCAAAAGCCAUAAACGAAAGAUACCUGAACAAGCUCCUCAGCAGUGGAAAUCGGUACCUCAUUCGAUCCGAUGACGUGAUUGAAACGGUUUACAACGACAGGGGAGAAAUCAUCAAGACCAAAGAACGCCGGCUCUUCAUGCUGAACGAUGUGCUGAUGUGUGCCACUGCCAGCUCACGGAACUCCCAUGAGAGCCAUGCUGCGAUGAGCCAGAGGUACCUGCUCAAGUGGAGUGUGCCCCUAGGACACGUGGACGUUAUUGAGUACAGUGGCAGUUCUGGCGCCGGAGAGCACAGUAGGCACCAUGCGGCACACUCACCUGAAAGCCUGGCCGUGGUGGCCAAUGUGAAGCCACACAAAGUUUACAUGGGGCCAGGGCAGCUGUACCAGGAUCUGCAGAACCUCCUCCAUGACCUGAAUGUUGUUGGCCAGAUCUCGCAGCUGAUUGGAAACCUCCGAGGGAGCUAUCAGAAUUUAAACCAGUCGGUAGCCCACGAUUGGACAUCAGGUUUACAGCGACUGAUCCUGAGGAAAGAAGAGGAAAUCAGAGCUGCUGACCGCUGCAGAAUUCAGUUGCAGCUCCCGGGAAAGCAGGACAAGUCAGGGCGGCCCACUUUCUUUACUGCCGUGUUCAAUACGUUCACACCGGCCAUCAAGGAGUCCUGGGUCAGCAGCCUGCAGAUGGCCAAGCUGGCACUUGAGGAGGAGAACCACAUGGGAUGGUUCUGUGUGGACGACGAUGGCAAUCUAGCCAAGAAGGAGACACACCCUCUCCUGGUGGGACACAUGCCUGUGAUGGUGGCCAAGCAGCCGGAGUUCAAGAUCGAAUGUGCAGCUUAUAACCCCGAGCCUUACCUAAGCAACGACAGUCAGCCGGCUUCACCCUCCGCAGCACGUGGCUUCCUGUGGAUCGGAAGUUGUAGCAACCAGAUGGGUCAGGUGGCCAUCGUCUCCUUCCAAAGUUCCAACCCCAAAGUCAUUGAGUGCUUCAACGUGGAGUCACGCAUCCUGUGUAUGGUAUACAUUCCAGCUGAGGAGCUGAAGCCCCAGGAGCCCUGUGAAGCCGGGGAUCCAGAGGCCACAGCCUCGAGAGCAUCCCAUGUGCCCACCAUCUGCCUGGGCACAGAGGAGGGAAGCAUUUCCAUUUACAAGAGCAGUCAGGGCUGCAAGAAGGUGAGGCUGCAGCACUUCUACACGCCAGACAAGUCCACAGUCAUGAGCUUGGCCUGCUCCCCGCAAGGCCUGUAUGCUGGCCUAGUCAACGGGUCCGUCGCCAGCUACACCAAGGCUCCAGAUGGAUCCUGGAACUCAGAACCCCAGCAAGUGAUCAAGUUGGGCGUCCUGCCGGUCAGAAGCCUUCUCCUGGUGGAGGGUGCACUGUGGGCAGCCUCUGGAGGGCAGGUGUUCAUGGCCAACCUGGAGACUCACACCAUAGAGAAUCAGCUGGAGGCCCACCAAGACGAAGGAAUGGUCAUCUCCCACAUGGCUGUGGCUGGCGUUGGCAUCUGGAUCGCCUUCACCUCAGGGUCCACCCUUCGCCUCUUCCACACAGAGACCUUGAAGCACCUGCAGGAUGUCAACAUUGAUGCCCCCGUGCAUGGCAUGUUGCCAGGGCACCAGCGUCUGUCUGUGACCAGCCUGCUCGUAUGCCAUGGUUUGCUCAUGGUUGGUACCAGCCUGGGUGUUGUGGUGGCCCUGCCAGUCCCUCGUCUUCAGGGUAUCCCCAAAGUGACAGGACGAGGCAUGGUCUCCUACCAUGCACAUAAUGGGCCUGUUAAGUUCAUCGUCAUGGCCACAGCAUUUCAGAAGAACAAGGACAGAGCCAGGGACAGCCCACCCUCCGGCCCAGAGCCUCAGGAUGAAGACCCCAAGGACUUGCUCUGCACUGACGACGCCACUUCUUGCCUGGGCCAGAAUGAUGUCAACACAAGUGUUUGGUUGGGAGACUCACUAGGAUUGACAGCUCAGAAGAACGAGCUGUCUUCAUCCUCGGGGUCACUGAGCCUGUCCCAUGGCUCCAGCUCCCUAGAGCACAGAUCUGUGGACAGCAGCCUGUGUGACCUCCUGAAGGACCCUAGCGCCUCCCCAAGGAGCAGGGCGCAGCGCUCUAGGAGAGCCAAAGCCAGUUCAGCGCUGGUGGUGUGUGGGGGCCAGGGCCACCGGCGAGUGCACAGGAAGGCCAGGCAGCCUUCCCAGGAGGACCUGGUUUCUUCAGUGAUGGUGUGGCAGAUCCCACUGCUGAGCAUGUAGAUAGAGGCUGCUGCCUGCCCUCAGGUGGCAAGCAGGGACAACUCAGCCGGAUGCAGGCUAAGCGAUGGAGGCUGCAUCCAAUACCACUGGGACCAACUGGAAGCAGAGUUUGUGAAGGAAAUAGGCAGCGGUCACACAGCUUCCCUGAACAACUGAGUCCAGAUGUGCUAAGGAGGCAGAGGAGCAUCCUGGCUUUUGAGUCACUGAGCAAAGUAACAGGAUAGUGCUACAGCCUGCCCCAUCAUUCACCUGAGAUGUGAAGUGUGCUGAUGGUACCAGUUCUGGGCACACCUCGGAGGACUGACAGGGAGAUGUAGCGUCCAGUAGCACAGGAGGUCACUAACAAUUCUUAAAACAUUCUACUUGACUUAGACUCACCACUGUUAUUUAUAUUCUAUGUAUUUUCCCACUCCCAGAAUGAAAAUUGUAACAAUUUAGAAAGCCAGGUAACGCACCCCAAUCCAGUCAGCUUGAUUUUUGGGGGGAGUGACUGAGGCUUUCAAAAGUAGACUCAUAUGUGUAGUUAACAAAUGGUGUUUUUAUAUUGCAUUUUUCUAUUAAAAAUCAACAGUUAACAUUUUAGUCAAUAUACUAUUUGUAGUGUUUCCCACAUAAUCUUUGCUUUAAGCCAAAAUGUCCAAUACUUAUCAAGAUCUGGAUUCCAGCCUCCAUGCCAAAUCAUACUUGCCUUCUCAUACUAAACGCUAUUAAUAUCUCCAUGGGACACGAGCUGGCCGAGUCAUGCCAGGAUGGUGCUGGAAGCGUCCCGGGUCUUCUGUGCAUCUGCUGUCAGAGAGCCAUCCACAUCCGGAUGCUCAUUCUGAUGUCCCAAGGUGCUGAUCAGUCUGCCGUGCCAGUGCCAUCCCCUCCCCAAAGAAUGUACACAGUCACAUGGGGCCCUUGAGAGGCAGCCGCCCAUGUCAAAGGACACGUCAACCCAAAGGCUCCGUUUGCUCCACCUGUAUUUGUACAUUAGUGUUCCACAUACUGGACAGAUAAUUUUUUCUAAAGCCUAGUGCAGAUAUUCCCAAGAAACACACUUCUCAGCACUUUACAAAUGACUAAAAAUGCCAACUUUUAACUAAGCCAAAUAUUUUCUAAAAUUGCACAUAUACCCAAGCUUUCUUAAACUGUUAGCUGCUGUCUUAUUUGAUAAAAUAAAAGAGUUUAUU